CUCCAAGCUCUGCUUUAAACAUUAGACGACGCAGAGCAUAAUUAAGUACUCAGAAGGGAAAAAGUUGAUAAAAGGUUGAGCAUUUAGAGGUGUCAAAAUGGCUUCCAACGGAGAACAGAAGCAGCAAAGUGAAGCAGGAAGGCACCAAGAGGUUGGGCACAAGAGCCUCUUGCAGAGCGAUGCCCUGUACCAGUAUAUUCUGGAAACGAGUGUAUACCCAAGAGAACCAGAAUCCAUGAAGGAGCUGAGAGAGAUAACAGCAAAGCACCCCUGGAACAUAAUGACAACAUCGGCGGACGAAGGACAAUUCUUGAACAUGUUGCUGAAGCUGAUCAACGCCAAGAAUACGAUGGAGAUUGGGGUGUACACCGGUUACUCCUUGCUCGCCACCGCCCUCGCUCUGCCCGACGACGGCAAGAUACUAGCAAUGGACAUUAACAGAGAAAACUACGAAUUGGGCCGUCCAACAAUUGAGAAAGCUGGUGUGGCCCACAAAAUUGACUUCAGAGAAGGCCCAGCACUUCCUGUUCUCGACGAACUCGUUGAAGACGAGAAGAAUCAUGGGAGCUUUGAUUUCAUAUUCGUGGAUGCCGACAAGGACAAUUACCUCAACUAUCACGAGAGGCUCCUCAAGCUUGUGAAGGUUGGGGGUCUGAUCGGCUACGACAACACCCUAUGGAACGGCUCUGUCGUGGCACCACCUGAUGCGCCGCUAAGGAAAUACGUCAUGUAUUAUAGAGAAUUCGUGCUGCAGCUCAACAAGGCUCUCGCUGUGGACCCUAGGAUUGAAAUCUGCAUGCUUCCUGUCGGUGAUGGAAUCACUCUCUGCCGUCGGAUCAAAUGAAAAGGCCGCUGUUGACUAAUCUUAAGUUCUAAGACUUUGUCGUCUAUGUGACGUCUACUUCUGUUUAUACGACAGGAAAUGAAUGAAAAUGUGUUGAAGUGGAUUUUUAUUUUUUAUUUUUGGCUUUAAAUUGUCAAGUGAUGACACCUCUCCAUAGAAAAUGAGGCAUCUUGUAAUAAUAUGAAUAUUAUAAAGAAAAUCAUUUCAUCCUUUGAUCUCAA